AUGAUUGAUACCAACGAAACUUACAGUGAACCUUUGUAUCUUGAUAAGGAAAAUGAGAAUUAUGUAUACAUAAAUGAUUGUCACAGUCUUAAAGAGCAUCAAAUAGGUGGGCUUAGAUUUCUUUAUAGACAAUUUAAAAAGGGAAAACCUGGUGCUGUAUUAAAUUUUCCACCUGGAAGUGGAAAAUCACAUAUUACAACUUUAUUUUUGAAUGCUGUUUCUUCCCUAUUAAAGGAGCGUACUUUGAUUUUGUGUACUGAUGAUGAUGAAAUUGAGCAUUGGAAAGAGCUUUUUUUAUCCUUGACUGGAUACAGCAUCGAUGAUAUUGCUAUAGAAUCAUCCAACCCGAGAUUAAAGAAAAAGAUCUUCUUGAAGAAAGUUGACGAUCUUUCAUCAUAUUCUCGCUGUAAUUGGUGUGUGGUUAUUAUCAAGGACGAUAUGUGUAAAUCACUUCAGAAGGUAUCAAUAGACGCUGAUUUCAAAAUAUGGAUUACGUCUACAGAUGUGAAGAAUACAAGGAUAUUGCAAGAAUAUAAGGAAAGUAAUAAAAGAAAGAAUAAAGAUGCAACAGGUACUAAAUUUAAACGGUCCAAAAAUACCAUUCAUAAUGAUGAAUCCAACGCAUCAAUGAAACUGGAACACAUUCCAUACAAUACUAUUAUAUGUAAAGAAAAUAUUAUAAAUACAUCGAAAACUGAAAGUAAUGAUCUUGGUGAUAUAAUAAUAAAAAAUGAAAUUGAUUCACAAGAUUAUUCCUCUUCACUCAUUGAAAGUACUUGCAAUAAAACAUCUGAAAUUAAUCAUGCUAACAAAAUUAGUGAAGCUUCAGAGUCUCAAAAAUUUAAAGAAGCAAUCAACGAAAUAAUUAUAAAUGAAAAUAAAUCAGAGACUGUUGAAGAUUCAACAGAAUCUCUUGAUUUCAAGGAACAAGAUUCAUAUUGUAUUUCCGAACAAAAUUCUGAAAGUAUUCUUGAAGUAAAGAAUGUAGAUAAUUUUCCUGCUUUGGAGACUAAUAGAAAAGGAAAUGAAAGUGAGAAAAAUAUGAAAACUGAUACUAAUAUGGAUUUUAACGAUAGUAUUGCAACAGAAAAGUCUGAGAGGGGUCAAAAUGUUUUGGAACAAAAGAUGUCCGAGCUAGAGGAAAGAACUAUGAGGAAAUUCAAAGGAUCUUUACUCGAUAGCAUAUUCUAA